AUGUGGAGACGCAGCGCGGAGCAAAUUGUUCCAGAACUUGAGGCACGGUCUCGCAGAGGGAAGUUUCGCAGUAUUCGCCCGGGUAAAGACACGACAGAGGCCAGACGAUUGGGGGCUUGUGUGGUGCUGGGCAGGCGAGGCGGUACGUGGCUUGCACUCAAUCGCCGUGCCGCAGCAGAGAUGAGUAUAGAUGACAGAAGUGGAGCCAGGGGGGCAGUAGCCGGAAGCGCUUGGCAAGGCGACGUUCUCGACUCUGUCGACGGCCAGGGCGGAUGCAUGACACAGCGGGCCAUGUCGUCACCAGCGCAAGCACAAGCAGCAGCGACAGCAAGAGUCGCACACGCCUCAUGGUGGUCUGGCGGCGGCGAUGGGGAUGAGCCUGGCGAUGAGGGGGGCGCGUAUAAUGCCCUUGGGCGGUUCCUGAUGGCCGGCAAGGAAGAGUGGCCGAUGUGCAGUUGGCCAUGGGCCUGGUUUUGUCAUGACUGCGCAGCGACAGUGACGGCGACGGCUGGUCUGCCGAUGCCACGGUCCAAGGGCUGCUUGUUAUGGCGCCGCUAUGGCAGCGCACCCGCAGUUCCGGCAGUGCAGAGGCUUUUGGACUUGGAGGGUGACGGUGACGGUGACGGUGACGGAGCAGCAGAGGGUGCCAAUCAAGAGGGAGCGGGCGGCAGUGGGAGAGGGAGUGUCAGUGCCAAUGCCAGUGCCAGUGACAGUGCCGUCAGUCAGUCCGUCAAUCAAUCAAUCAGUCAGUCAGUCAGUCCGUCAGUCAGCCGGGUGGUGUGCGCCGUGGCCAGCUCACACCUGCAGCGCAAAUGGAGGUGA